AUGGGCGACAGCCGAGAGCAAGCCAGGUUGUGGUUGGCGUCUUUUUCUCAGGCACUGCAAAGCCGCGACUACAAGGGCCUGGCAGGCCUUUUUGUGGAGAAGUGCAGCUGGCGUGAUCUGCUGUGCUUCACGUGGGACAUCCAGACUUUGGAAGGCAAGGUACCUAUCUGUGAUAUGUUGGCAUCCGUUCUGCACCAUGUCAAACCAGACGGAUGGGCCUUGGAAGCAGUGGCGGACGCGGAUGAGGUCAUCACAGCCCGGUUCAUCUUCCGGACCGCCUAUGCAAGCUGCAUUGGCCAUGUGAGGCUCUGUGGAGGUCUAUGUUGGACCAUGAUGACUGCAGCGCAAGGGCUUGUAGGCCACGAAGAGAAGCGAGGUCUCACAAGGGAGCUAGGUGGCCACUCCGCGGCAGUGCGAAGGUCUGCAACACAGCCAAAAAGCAGGGAGGAGCCCUUCGUCGUGAUUGUCGGAGGCAGCCAGUGUGGCGUGACUCUGGGCGCCCGGCUGAAGCAGCUGGGAGUUCCCAACCUUGUGCUUGAGAAGAAUGAACGACCUGGGGAUGCUUGGCGACACCGCUACGACUCCUUGCGGUUGCACUUCCAAGUCACCUACUGUGAGUUCCCCUAUUUGCCCUUCCCGGACAGCUGGCCCAAAUACCUCACGAAGGAUCAGAUGGCCGACUGGAUUGACAUCUAUGCCACCGUGAUGAACGUUGACCUAUGGACAGGCUCCCGCUGCGUGAAAGCAGAGUGGGACGAAGUGAAGAGCACCUGGACCGUGCAUGUCGACAGACAUGGCGAGAGAGUCCAACUGCAGCCUCGUCAUUUGGUGAUCGCCACAGGGUUGAACGGCACGGCAUACAUCCCAAAGCUCCAAAACCAGGGCACCUUCGCGGGAGUCACCCUGCACUCCUCGCAGUACCUCUUGGGGGCGCCCUAUACCGGGAAGAAGGCUGUUGUUGUGGGCUCUGGCACAUCAGCUCACGACAUCUGCCAAGAUCUCUGGGAGCAUGGAGCAGAGGUUACGAUGAUUCAGCGGAGCCCGACACCGAUUACCAGGAUCAGCACUCAUCAACAGGUCUGCUUGCAGCGUCUCUACUCUGAAGAGGCCAGAGCCAGUGGAAUGAGCACUGAAGCGGCUGAUUUCGAGUUCAUUUCCACGCCUUACCGUCUUCUUCUCGAAAAACAAAGCAGAGCAGCCGUGGAGCUAAGGGAACGAGAUGCAGAUUUGCUGCAGCGUUUGGAGAAGGUUGGGUUUAUGCUGGAUUCGGUUACCACCAACACCUCGAACUACCUGGCUUCUGGGUCCGGCACCUACCUGGAGGCAGGCGCUUCCGAGUUGAUUGCAGCUGGAGAAAUCAAAGUAAAGACGGGCACGGCUGUCGCUCUGGGAGAAUCUACACUAACCAUCGACGAUGGGACGCAGAUCAGUGCCGAUGUGGUAGUCUUCGCCAGCGGUUAUGAGCCUCUGUCCCAGCUCAUUGCAGACGUCCUUGGGAAGAAUGUUGCAGCACGCCUGGGCAGGAUAUGGGGCCUUGGUUCAGAGAGACCCGGAGACGCAGGACCCUGGGAGGGAGAACUCCGCAACAUGUGGAAGCCCACAAGCGUGGAGGGCCUUUGGCUGCAUGGCGGCAAUUUGCUGCAGAAUCGGAUCUACUCGCACUUCCUGGCCUUACAGCUGAAGGCUCGACAUGUUGGCAUUCCGACCUGCGUGUACAAGCCGCCGCGCAGUUCCCACACGGGAUUCGAGCGCGCUGGGGCAUGA